UCAGUGCAAACUGAAUGAAUAUCGCGGCUUACAUGUUUCGACGCCCUUCAUGUGAGCCUCAACAACGACUGCGGGUUCUCCCAUCCUCUCUAUGAGCUCAACUGCACUCUUCCGCAGGCAUGGGAGCGUCUACAACAAUAGGAACAGAGGCCAGCAAGCAUGCCCAAACGAAACACGACGCUGAAGUGAGCGGCAGCUCAGAUCCAACGUUACUAAAGUGGGCACGUGAAGCGAAUGCUUCAGACAUGACAACACCGUCUGGCACGCGACACACAGCCAGGAUGGGUCGAUCUCACGAAGAUAUCGGCUAUGAUGGCCGCCCUAGUCUGUCCUCUUCCACCUUGGCAUCUCGACAGAGACCGAUAUCACCCCCCAAUCUUCGACAGACGUUCAGAGCCGAUCGCCGGGAUGACUGGAGUUCGCCAAGGAAUCGCACGUCCAACAGCCCCGGCUCGUCUCCCGACGACAUCUGGUCUCGCAGGCGGGGUGGUCGAUGGGAGCCUCCUCCGAGACGUUGGUCCCCUGUUGACACAGCAUCUCCGCGGCGAGCCUCUUUUGGACGCAGAGCUUCACCUCCACGCAAUCAGACCUCAGUCUCCCCGCUGCACUUCUCUACGUCCGGUCCAGAGAAUGCUAUACGACGUGAAUCCAGCAAUGGUGACGGUGCUGAAUCUGGCCUCUUCCAGAACAAAAAGUGGAUUGCGCCUCAUUUGCAUUCCGGGCCAAGACACUCCGUCAAACAACCUGCCCGGCCGCUCGGCGCACGUUCGCCUGUCGUUGAUGAAACUCUCCCUGUUCACACAGUCCGCAACAUGGAAUGGGGAGGGAUAAAAGGCGUACCAACCGGCCCAAAAGCCGCCCCGCACGUCGUGCCCGCGAGUGGUCUCACCGCAGCCAAGAUCUCUCCACACAUCUUCAUCCCAUGGAGAUCUCUGCCUGCUAAGCGCGGCAUGAUCAAGCAUCUGCAUGGGUUCCUUCGGCCACAUACGCGCAAGGAGAGCAACAUCCAUCUUGACGAAGACGGCUGGUAUAUCUGUCUUGGGGAUUCGGAGGCCAGCAGGCAUACCCUCAAAGAGUGCUAUGAUGCAAAAAAUGGAGCCAAGAUGUUCAGCACGUAUACCUUGGAGAUGCACUAUUAUCCGCAUGGUCAGCCAGCGGCGCGCAGAUUACGACCUCUUCCGUCGGAGGAAGACGUUCCGGGUACUGGUACGCGGCCAGAUCGCAUUGAGACAUCUCCGCAAGUAUCUCGUCUCGAGAAGAGUGUGCUCCACCAACCUCCUCAAUCCAUAAACGGCAAGACAACAGAUCAGCAAUCGGCUCCCGCUGCGGAGGCCAGCAUUGACAUCCCGCUAGACUCAGCGGCGGUGCCGGCUCGACAGUCGUCGCCCCUCCGUGUACCGAGUCGUCAGGACAGAGACGAUGCGCUUUCAUGUAUUAGUGGUUUCACCGGCUCUGACGUCUCCAGCUCACGUCGUCUUAAGUGCCACGUGUGCCAGAAGGGCACGAACAUUGACGUGGAACCGCUGGUCUGUUGCUCUUCAUGUCCUAGACGAUAUCACCGUCGGUGCCAUGACCGACCUCCGAUACCUUUUCAACUCGACGAAGAUCACACCUGGCGAUGCCGUCGCUGUAUCCGGAAGGAUGGCAUUACAUCUGGGACUAGGCUGACACGGUCCUCACCUGUAUUGAAGCGAUCCCGUGAAAAAGCCGGCAUGUCGUCAGAAGAGCGGCCGACGAAGAUGAUGAGACUUGAAAGUCCUUUUCAGCCAGUCGUGAGCUUAGAUUUGAACUCUCUGACCAACUCUGCAAAAGCCCCAACCCCGAACAACGAAAGAGAACAGAUUUCAGCUCUCGAUGUUGCAGACACCAAUGCAGAACAGCCGCCGGACAACUUGAGCAACAAAAGAGAACAGAGUCCAGCUCUCGAUGUCACCGACUCGAGCUCAGAAUACUCCCCGCCCGAUAAUAUCGGUCUCACGGAGGCUAUUGAUCUGGUUGCCAAGAGCUUCGAUCUUCCGCGCCCACACGGACAUUCGCAUUCACCUCGCCCAUCUCAGCCUCUAAAACUGAGGCUUGUGCGCAAGAAAAUCGUCGAUGCUGCAUCACCUGCGCAUGACUCGUCCCACUUUGUUGGCAUUCCCGGCUCACCACUGGCUCACACUUCGAUUGCGCAAACGUCCAGCGGUACUGGUGUAGCACCAGUAAGCGGGCAAUCGAACGGCGAUGAUGCUGCAGGGAAAGACGAGUCUUGCUCAAGCACGCAUGGGGGCAACACAGACACCAGUCCCAACUUGUUUGUGUCAAAUCGAGCGAACGGGAACGGAGACGUCGAGAUGACUGAUGCCACCACUCAACGAGCUGCGGCAACGGUCGUUGAAAUCCCAGAGUCACCGGACGAACAGCGAACACAAGACAGAGAUGAACAGGUCACUUCCAAAGACAUGGUCAAAUCAAAGAUUUCGCACACCAAGGUGGCCACUCAAGAGCCCGGGCCAACUGGAAUUGCACAUGUCGACACCGCGCAAAGCCGUUCAAAUACUUCCCAGGGCCAGAUCCCUAAGGCGAAGAUGAAAAGAAUACGGCCAGGUGCGCCCAGCUUUGCAAAGUGUGUUCGAUGCGGAAAGACUACUUCUUCGGGACCCUCUGGCUCUAACAAACUGUGCUCACGCUGCAAGAGUGAUGGUGUUGCACGGCAAGCUUCUGGUUCUCCUCAGAUCAACACUGUUCAGCGGACAGAAAGGCCGCCCUCAAGCUCACCAGGGCUGCACCAAUCAGCCCGGACGGACAAGGGUACGGGAGAGCCUGUUGUUCCGCUGACAAUGAUGCCGGAUUCGGGCGUGAACCCAGCACGAACAGCAGAGAGGCUUUCAAUAGAGACUACGGCGCCGGUGGCGAUCUCGGCACCAACAGUGACCUCACCAGUGACGCCAAUCCCAGCUCUCACAGUCGCCACAGAAACAAUAGCAGCGCCCGUAUCGCGUAGUGGAGAUCUCGAUACCGCGGCGAACCCUCCGCAGAGGGAGGAAGAGACUACAAACGACGACCUAUCAUCUCCCCCAGAAUCCAAUGACGUCGACAGCUCAUCUGAUUCCGAGUCUGAAAGGGACGUUGGCCAUCCGACUAGUAACGAGAACGAAGAAUCACCCGCCAUCAAGCGCCGGACUCAAACCCGGCCGGCCAAUCAUGAGCACGACCUUGGAGAUUCAUACACCCGUCCGAAAGGCGCCUACGAGAAGCUGAUCGGGAUGGCUCUCUGUGCGGCACCGAAUCACCGUUUGAAAGCGACUGAUAUCACUGCUUGGGUCGUGAAGAACAUCCCAGGCUACAAGCACGGUGAAGGUAAAUGGGAGAACUCCCUGCGAGCGACAUUGACGUUGAAACGAGAGGGCUACGAGCUUGGGAAGCCAGGGCUGUGGCGGAAAGUGGAAGUGGGUUUGAAGCUGAAUGAGGCGUGUCUGUGGGAGUUGCUGCCAGGCCAAGCAGAGAAACUCGUGCGUUGGGAUCCUGUGCUCAAGCAGCCCGUCUCACCGCCGAAAGUCUGGCUCAAGAUACCGAGCGUGCGACGAACGGAGGAGGUGACGACUGGAAAGCAGAAGAAGUCACCGCCGAACAUUGCCACGCCAGUACGAUCUGCAGCAGCGAAGGUCGAGGCCAGCAGUAGUAAGAAGCGUCGACGCCGUCGCUCUACACUGUCAGAUGCGGAGCCGCUGGCAGCAGAGACUACUAGUCAACCGCUCCCCAAGAGAUCGAUCAAGACCCAGACAGUCGUGAUUGAUGACUCGUCUGACGAAGAGCCGCUUCUAACGCAAGAACGGAGACGAUCUUACCAGCUCCAGCCGCUGAAGGAAGUUCUACCAGCCGCGGCUUUGGAAGACGCUGUUGCUGAAAUGAUGGAUGUUGACGAGAAUGUGCCAACGCCUGACGUGAUGGAUGUCGAUGCAAGUGAGCCGGCGGCUUUGCCUCUCACCCAUGGGCAUCCGCCUCCGCCUCCGGCUGAAGAGCGAGCAGUCGAGUUGGUGGCUUCCCCCCUGCAGCCAGCUCGAGCGCGGAACAGUGAGACUCGACCCGCAUUGAGCCAGCGUACAAAUCUACCAAUGAUUGAGAAAAUGGUGGAGAUGACCGAAAUGAACACCAACUUCAACGCCAAAGAUCUCUUCGGUGAAUGGCCCGAGCUCAAGUCCCUCGACUUUGAUCGAAGUGCCAAAAUCGCCGAGAUCAAGCAACGGCCUACCAGGAAGGAGAGAUUUGGGAGGCAGACCCCGCUGGCGGAGUUUGAGCUAGUCGAGGAGAACAAAGCAAUAGGGAAAGCGAAUGAGCGCCGUGCCACGAAUGAAAACACGGCAAGUGAGGCCACGCUUGCCACGCUGUACCCCUGGGAGAAUACGGAAGGAGUUUUGGUACAGUGCAACAGCCUGCAGGAGUUGUUCAACCUGCCCAACAAUCCGAUGGCCAUUAUUCACGAUGGAAACCUUGCGUACAGGGACGGGACGAGAGGGGUGGAUGGCAGCUUGCCGAGAGCAAAGGCUAUCUACAAGACCGAUUACUAUACCCGAUGAUUCUUUCGGAGAUGCUAGGCAGCGUCCAAGAGAUCGCAGCCCCUAGAUCGUUUCGGUAGAUUCACCUCAAACCUGCGACGAGCCAUUUCCGCUCUUCAGCUCCUCAAUUUCUCGCUUCAGCUCUUGGUUCUCCGACUCCAGAUCUUCGAGGCGCUCUUGCAGCGGUUCCAUUUCCUCUUCCGCACCGGCACUAAGCUCUUCGAUGAUCUGCUGCGU